AUGGACCUGCCCCGGCCGAUGAACGUGGCGCAUGUCAUAGAGCACUUCCUUGCCCUUGGACGACUUCACUUAAUUCACUUGCUCGAUCAAGUUGAUGAUCAUAUUGGGCGAGCUGUAGAAGCUAACGGACGACGCGGCCAAAAUCAGCUGCGUCAAGCUAGCGCCCUUAGCGUGGCCUUGCUGAGUAGCCUGGCUGCUGGGGCAUUAAUUUGCCGGGGUUUACUGGCACUCAGCCGAGCUUUCACAUAUUUGGCUGUUUCGUUGUUUCUUUGCUCUGGCCGAAUUCUGCAAGCGGCAGCACCGCACCUGACAGCCAUCGGCCUCAUCCUGUACACGAACCGUUUGUUGCAGAGCUCCGUGCUUCGCCAGGAGUGGCUUGAUUUCUGGCAACAUUGGUCAAGGCAACUUCUUUCAUGUUUGGGCCUUGGUGCACAUGUACAGACCACAGAAUGCCCAAUUUGUGCCAGCAGCGUGGAAGAUGAUCCAUGGACCCUCGCAAGACUUGCUUGCUGCAACAAGUCAGUGUGCUGGGAAUGCGUGCGAAGCCAUGCUGAAAGUGUCAUUGAUGACUCACGGCCGCUGAUGGCAUGCCCGAUGCUGUGUAAAGCUCCACUUCCGGAUGUCGUAGUGUUCACAGCACUCCGCCGACACCAGUGGUCCUGGAAGGGACUUGACCUGCUUGGACGCCAAACCCGCCGGAAGAAGCAUGCCUAUGAGCGCUGGUGCCUCUCCAGCGGCCUGGCCGCGAGCUGUGCAGUGCGAAUGGAGGACGUCGUCCAUUGCCCAGGCAGCGAGUGCAAUCACAUGUGGGUCCUCCCGAAGGCCCUGAGACGUGCAAAAGCUGCACAGGAACCUGGCAGUCGAUGGGAUCCGCGCUCUUGGUCUGUUGGCCGGCACAUGGGACUCUAUGUGCCGCCGAAAGAAGAUGGCCAUGAUGAACGCUGCGUGAGCUGUCCUAGCUGCAAGGUCCAGUAUUGUCUGUUGUGCUCCCAGGUGUGGGAGUCCUACGGCAAAGCGCAUGAGGGCAAGUCUUGCCUGGAGUUCGACGCAACGCUGCCUGCGGCCCUGCGUUCGAAGGAUCGCCACUGGGCGCCGAGAACCCUGGAUGCCUCCGGACUUUUUGAGGACCUUUUCCAGAGGUCUAAGUUGCCGGGACGCGUGCUGGCGAAUCUUCCUUCCGCUGUGCCGAUGCCGAUUCUUAGCGUCUACACAGCGCUGCCGUUGCUUGCUGUCCUGGCUGCUGCUAUGUGCCCAAGGCACACGCGGCUGGCCCAGGGCCUCGCGAGUGCUCUGGGCUGCCUCUUAGGAACUCUCGUUGGAGCGUUCCUGAAGCAAGGCAAAAAGGACGCUGCCAGCUGUGCCAUAGCCCGGCUUCUCUCGGAUCACAUCCUGGAGGAUAUGCCGGCUGAGGAGUUGCGAAGCCUCAUUCAUCGCCAGCGAAGGCGAUUUGGCGUUGCUGCAAACAGUCGCUCGAGCGAGAGUUGGGAAGAUAGUUCCCUUCAGAAAAUUUACGAGGAGUUGCUGGUAAAGCUUCUGGAUGGACCUGAACACGACCCCUACGACCUGCCAACGCUGCAAAGACUAAAGGCUGUGCUCGACCUUGAUGGCAUUGUCGUGGGCAAUGCCCAUAGGCAUGCUGCGCAACUGCUGGUUUCGAAGGGAUACUCCGGACUGGAGGGUGAGCCUAUGCGCAUUGCCACCGACAAGCUGCUUUUUCUGUCACAGCGAGCCUUUGCCGACGAGGAGCCCGAGGAAGCAUCGCGGUACGAGAUGGGGAGGCUUUGCCAGGUCCUUGAAGUUUCCGACAAAGAUGCAAAAAAGCGUGUACAAGCUGUCUCGCGGGCAUUGUAUCAGCAGAACCUGAGCGCGGUUGCGGACAAGGUUGAUGCACAUACAGGUGAAGCCUUGGCUGGAGCUCAGAUGGCAUUUGGGCUGGCAGGUGAAGAGGCAGAGCGGAUGAAUCUGGACACGUACAAGGAGAUAGCAAAAGCACAGCUUUCUGGCGGUGUCCUGACUUCCGAGGGUCGAGCCACCCUAGAGCAAGCCAGAGGCGUUCUGCAGCUCGCGGACAAAGCAGCCUCCGCAGCCUUUGCUGCAGUGUCGGGCCCAAUCCUUCAUGAGGAGCUGCAAACGAUUCUGCCGAGCUUGAAGGACCAGGCUGUGUCAGAGGACAAGAUCAAAGAGUUUUCGACGACUCUGGCCAAAAGGGGGGAGGAAGUUGGUCUCUCUAGCGCGUCUACCUUCACCAGUGUUCGGAAGGCUCUUCAAGAUACCUUGCGGUCCACCUACAACACUGCGUGCAAGGAAGCCCGCACCAGUGCGACAAAGGCGCUGAAGACCAUGGAUGAGAUGACUGCGCUGACCAAAGCUUCAGACAUGCUGCUAAAGCAGAUGCUGGCUGGGUUGGAGGAAGCCGAGGAAGAAGUGGAGGAUGGGCGCCUAACGCUCACGGCUGACCCCUUGCCUGGAAGACGGCUCUAUGGCCUCUACCUGGAGAGAUCCCUAAAAGGGGAGGCACCUGCCGCCCCUGGUCCUGACCAGUUUGCCAGUAUUCUCGAGCUCUCAGAGGAAGAUGCAGAAGCUGCCCGGGUUGAAACUUGUCAGCCGCGACUCCGCGAGAAAUAUUUGUCCUGCAUCAAAAAAGCCCAGGGAGAGAAGAUCAAGUUGGCCGACUUGAAGCCGGAUCUGAGUGAUGAGAUGGCCAAGUUCCGCUUGCCAUUCAGCGCGGUGGAGGAAACAGCCAUGGAGGUCUACAAAUCUUGUCUGGAAAAAGUCAGCGGCCGUGUGCUGAAGUCCACUGAGAAGGAGGAGCUAGAUGCUGUUCGAGACUUCCUCGAGCUGGAGAUGAGCACCGUGCGAAAGCUACACCUGAAG